UGUUCAUGAGAUGCUUUCAUUGCUGAAUUCUCUCUGUCUUGCUCCUGCAUUACACAUGCUUAUAAAAUUUGGGGAAGGAAUAAGCUGCUUUAGUCCAUACAUUUCUACUAUUUUCAGGACCUCUUUCCAAAGAUUGUUGUCCCAUCUUCCAAUAUGAGGUUCUGUAGGUGAUGAUCUUGAUGCCAGACUUGCUAGAAGUUCUCCGUGGAUGGGAGCCCGUGUGUUUCCUGUGGAGGGCCCAGCCUCAUGAAUCCAGUCACUAAACCUGCCACCACCACUUCUUUCAAUGCUGCCAUGCCCGACAUUCCAAGGAAACGCAAGGGAAGUGAUUCUGAUAACCAGGAUACAGUUGAAGUUGAUGGUGAUCCUCAGAAAAGGAGUGAAGAUGAAGAACAUGUUAAAGUAAAAGAUUUCAGAGAGGCUCAUAGUCAAACAGAGAAAAGAAGAAGAGACAAAAUGAAUAAUUUAAUAGAGGAAUUGUCUGCCAUGAUACCACAGUGCAAUCCCAUGGCCCGAAAGCUGGACAAACUCACAGUGCUACGGAUGGCUGUGCAGCACUUGAAAUCUUUAAAAGGUUCCAGUAGCUCCUACUCAGAAGUCCGGUAUAAACCUUCAUUUUUGAAGGAUGAUGAACUGCGACAGUUAAUCCUUAGGGCUGCAGAUGGAUUCCUGUUUGUGGUUGGAUGCAACAGAGGAAAAAUUCUGUUUGUCUCUGAAUCAGUUUGCAAAAUACUUAAUUAUGAUCAGGCCAGUUUAAUUGGACAAAGUUUAUUUGAUUACUUACAUCCAAAAGAUGUUGCAAAGGUUAAAGAGCAACUUUCUUCAUCGGACAUCUCACCUAGGGAGAAGCUUGUAGAUGGCAAAACUGGCUUGCAAGUACACACAGAUUUCCAAGCUGGACCAGCUCGGCUGAACUCUGGUGCUCGGCGUUCCUUCUUCUGUCGGAUAAAGUGUAGCAGGACCACGGUCAAAGAGGAGAAGGAGUGUUUGCCCAACCCAAAGAAGAAAGAUCACAGAAAAUACUGCACCAUUCACUGUACUGGGUAUUUGAAGAACUGGCCUCCUAAUGAGGUGGGAGUAGAAGAGGAAAAUGAUGUAGAAAAGGACAGUAGUAACUUUAACUGUCUUGUUGCAAUUGGGAGGUUACACCCUUAUAUUGUUCCACAAAAGAGUGGAGAGAUAAAAGUCAAAGCAACAGAAUUUGUUACACGGUUUGCCAUGGAUGGAAAAUUUGUUUAUGUAGAUCAGCGCGCAACAGCAAUUUUAGGGUAUCUGCCACAAGAGCUUCUAGGAACUUCUUGUUAUGAGUACUGCCAUCAAGAUGAUCACAAUCACCUAGCUGAAAAACACAAAGAAGUGUUACAGAAUAAAGAAAAAGUAUUUACAAAUUCCUACAAAUUUAGAGCAAAAGAUGGGACUUUUGUUACUUUAAAGAGUCAGUGGUUCAGUUUCAUGAAUCCUUGGACCAAAGAGCUGGAGUACAUUGUAUCAAACAACACUGUGGUAUUAGGUCAUAAAGAAUCAGCUGAAGAAGAGGUCCUCUACAGUUCCCAACCUGCAGAAGAUGCUGUAAAACAAUCUUUAGUAAGUGUACCUGGAAUGUCCUCUGGAACAGUUCUUGGUGCUGGAAGUAUAGGAACCGAAAUUGCAAAUGAAAUAUUAGAAUUGCAAAGGUUGCAUUCUUCACCAUCUGGAGAGUUAAGUCCAUCACAUCUCCUCAGAAAGUCACCUUCUCCAGCUUUAACUAUAAACUGCAGUGAUGUGCCAAAUAAAGAGUUGAUUCAGUUAUGUCCUUCAGAAACAGAAGCUCUAGAGAAUUCAGAACAAACCCAGGGUGCUAUUCCAUUUCCCAGUAAUGAACCUCUCCUCAGUGGCAAUUCUCAGCUGGACUUCGAUGCCAUCUGUGGGAACGACGACACUGCCAUGACAGCUCUGAUGAAUUACCUGGAGGCUGACGGAGGCCUGGCAGACCCAGCUGACCUCAGUGAUAUCCAAUGGGCUCUCUAGAGCUGCUGCUGGGAGCAAGGAAUGUCAAAAAGCCCUCAUGCACAACAACCCUACAUCCUCAGUACUGUAUUGGAGUUUUGUAAUGGUUCCUUUCAAUUCAGACUUGCUGUCUCUGGAUUUUUAAAGACUGAAGCCUUGUUCAGAGAGAGACAUCUUCUGCUGCACCUACGGACAAAUGCAAUAUUUUUUUCAUGAUGAGGAAACCUUGAAAUUUUAAUAUUGAACCAUCUGUAACUGGAAUGCUUAGAACACAUUAGUAUAUUUUUGCUAAGAAGCUUUAACCAAAAGGUACUGUACAAUGUACAGGAUUACUUUUUCUUAGUUUUAAUACUUCGAACUUUUAUUUAUUGUUUUUGUUUCAAGUUUCAGAAUAUUGGUUAUCCAUGAUACUUUCUGUAGAACCUACUGUACCUACAUGGUUUGAGAAUACUUGUAACUAUUAAAUUUAAUUGAAAUAUUUGUUUGCACACACUACAGUUGUAAAAUAAGGUAUUGUAAUUCUCAAAUGAUGCAGUUUGUGAUUCCUUGCACUUCUCAGCAGUGCAAUUUUUGCAGUCAAAGGUGAAAAUGAAGCCUACAGUUCUGGGAGCAAGGAUUGGGGUUGAUUACCCUAAUAAACAGAAGAGAGUGUUUUGAGAAAAACACUCAUUUUCCCAGUACACAAACAUGAGAAGGUUAUAAGAAAAGAGCAACAAACUCUUAAUUACUGUUUUGUAUUAUUUGUAAUGUAUUAUUAGAGAAGCAGUGCAUAGAACCAGAGAAAAAUAAUGCUCUAUUUGUAAUAAAGCACUUUGGUCUUGUCCCAGGUUCUUUACUAACUAGAGAAGUUUGAAUGGAUAGUCUUGCCUCCAGAGUGAGGACUGCACUGUUUGUUGGUAAAAAAUGUUAAAGUUCUAGAGCAUUUUUUAUGUUUUUGGAGAGAUUGGGAGAAUUUUCUACUGCUUGAGUGUGUGACUUUUUAAAAUCUCUCUGUACUAUAGCUGUGUAAGUAAAUGCUAUGCAGGAUGAUCUUUUGGGAACAGCUUUUGCAAGGAUUGUAUCCCAGUUACAGCAAAUUACUCAAGAACAUGGCACUUUAGAGGUUGCAUUAGAACAACAUAGCACUAAUAUAGCAAGAGGAACUUUUUAUUUCUGGUAUUGAAGGUUUAAACAAUUUUCUGCAUAGAUUAUGUAUCUUAAAAUUACAGAUUUUUUCAUGUUUA